AUGUCUUUAAUUUCCUUCACAUCUCCAUACUUUGCCUCAUUGAAUCUUAUCCAUAGUCACGUACUCGAGCGUUUUGAUCGUGCUGGAAUUAAAAAUCUAACAGAUCUAGCAGUUUACAGUCCACUUGAAAUUUCGUUGAAAUUUCGUUACUCUCUGAAUGAUGCCGAAAUGAUUCUUGACAAACUUCUUUCGAUUUUAAUCAGUCAACCAAAAAAUGUUUAUGAUAUGUUAACAGAAACAUCAUCAUUGUAUAUUUUAACCAAAUUACCGACACUUAAUCGAUAUCUCAAUGGUGGUCUACGACGCGGAUCGUUGAUCGAAUUAUGUGGAUCAUGGGGUAGCGGUAAAACACAGUUUUGCUUACAACUAACUGCCCAAUGUUGUUUGAUGGGUUUACGAACGAUCUAUAUCGAUACUGAACAUACAUUCUCAUCAAUUCGUCUUUUGAAUAUGAUUGGUAGUUUUGAUAGUAAGCAAGAACAUUUACUCGAACUGGUACGGACAGAGAUGAUCUUCGAUGCGGAUUCUUUGAUGAAAAUCUUGGCAACUAUUGAAAAUGAACUAGAAGAAGAGGUGAAAAGUGAUAAUAGAGAUCAAUGUCCUGCUUUAUUGAUUGUCGAUUCCAUUGCUGCUCCGCUAAGAAUGUCAACGAUGGGUUACAGUCGAGAAAACAUUCUAUUACUAUUUACCGAUUGUGCGAAACGACUUGCUCGACGAUACAAUCUUCUUGUCUUUGUAACCAAUCAAGUAACUACGAAACGUCGUUCAACUGUUUUAACAGAAAAACAAGAUGAUAACAAGAAACUAGGAAAUGAUUUUUAUACUAGUGUUGCCUUGGGAAAAGCUUGGUCUCAUUCGGUGAACGUGCGUCUUGCCAUUUCCUAUCAUGGUGAUACACGCCGACAAUUAAUUGUUGGUAAAUCAAUCGAAUCGCCAGCGUAUACAAUAGCAUUUCGCAUAUUAACGAACGGGUUAGAAGAAAUUGAAGAAGAUUUCCAAACGAAUACACAACGAAAAGUUUUCGAAAAACAAUCAACACGGCGUUUGAUUCAAGCAGACGAAAUGCAUCUUAUCGGAAAACAAUUACGGCCUUAG